UCCUGUGCGCGAGCCUCACGUCCGCCCUUUCGUACGUCACAUGACUACGAACCUGCUUCCUCUACGGCUGCCGCAAGGGCCCACUCUUGGCCGUUCUCGCGUCCUCCGGGCCCGACGCGGGCUGCUCCGCCGGUGCUUUUCCCGGGCGCUUCAGUGCGCCCCGCCAACGGCCUCUGAGAGCUCCCACCCGAGCGCCCUGGGAGCCGGCGGGCGGCGGCCCUCUCCGGGGACCUUCCAGCCGGCCCAGGGGGACAAAAGUGGCUCUAAAUCCAGCACAUGCACAUUGAAGCAAGUUAAAGGAUUUAAUAUGAAGCACAGAAGCAGAUAGUGUCAAAUAUUAAGCAGUAGUUGGUACAUAUUUCUGGAAAAGCAGUGUCCGUGUUGUUAUGUACUCCUUCAAAAAAAGUUCAGAUCUGUAGGGGAAUUGUUGUGUAAAGUAAACUGAACUACAGGGUAGCAGUAUUAUAAUAGCUAUUGUAGACGUGUACUCAUAUUUACUGUAUUAAAAUGAGUAAAAGAACAAGCAGUGACACACCGCUAGGAAGGGUGAGUGGGGCAGCAUUUCCUUCUCCCACUGCUGCUGAGAUGGCGGAAAUUAGUCGAAUUCAGUAUGAAAUGGAAUACACCGAAGGUAUCAGUCAACGAAUGAGGGUCCCGGAAAAAUUAAAAGUAGCACCACCAAAUGCUGACCUGGAACAAGGAUUCCAAGAAGGAGUUCCAAAUGCUAGUGUGAUAAUGCAGGUUCCGGAGAGGAUUGUUGUGACAGGAAAUAAUGAAGACAUUCCAUUUUCAAGGCCAGCAGAUCUUGACCUUAUUCAGUCAACUCCCUUAAAACCUCUGGCACUAAAAACACCACCUCGUGUACUUACAUUAAGUGAAAGACCACUGGAUUUUCUGGAUUUAGAAAGACCUCCUCCAACCCCUCAAAAUGAAGAAAUCCGUGCAGUUGGCAGGCUAAAAAGAGAGCGCUCUAUGAGUGAAAAUGCUGUUCGCCAAAAUGGACAGCUGGUCAGAAAUGAUUCUAUGUGGCACAGAUCAGAUUCUGCCCCAAGAAAUAAAAUUUCAAGGUUCCACGCACCGAUUUCUGCACCGGAGUACACUGUGACACCAUCGCCACAACAGGCUCGGGUCUGUCCUCCCCGUAUGUUACCUGAAGAUGGAGCUAAUCUUUCCUCUGCUCGUGGCAUUUUGUCGCUUAUCCAGUCUUCUACUCGUAGGGCUUACCAGCAGAUCUUGGAUGUGCUGGAUGAAAAUCGCAGACCUGUGUUGCGUGGUGGGUCUGCUGCCGCCACUUCUAAUCCUCAUCAUGACGUCAGGUAUGGCAUUUCAAAUAUAGAUGCAGCAAUUGAAGGAACAUCAGAUGACAUGACUGUUGUAGAUGCAGCUUCAUUAAGACGACAGAUAAUCAAACUAAAUAGGCGUCUACAGCUUCUAGAAGAGGAGAACAAAGAACGUGCUAAAAGAGAAAUGGUCAUGUAUUCAAUUACUGUAGCAUUCUGGCUGCUUAAUAGCUGGCUCUGGUUUCGCCGCUAGAGGUAACCUCAGCUCUCAAAAAUACUGGCUCAACAGCUGGAAAUAUAAAAGAUUUGAAAACUUCUUUGUUUCUGUCUUUGCAUUGUAUGCCAUUUUAUAGUCCAUGCCCUAAAAAUGUAUUUCUUCCAGAAAGUAGGGGGGAAGGACCUAUGUUUGUAGAAGUAAAAGUACUUUCUGUCACUCAGCUGUAUUCACUUUUAACCAGUUCUGCAGUAACACCUACUUAAAAUUCUCUUUGCAUGUUUUGUAAAUAGGCUCUAGUUUGUUUUCUAAAAAGAAUUGAUUUUUUGCCUCAUCGGUCUGCACAACUAAUUCUCUGAAUGAGAGAGAGAGUGCAUAGAGAAUGGAUUUAGAAAAGUAUCUCUAAAAGAAAAACAAUAUUUUGUCCUGUUUCUCAAACAGUUAGAUUAAGCAGUUUUGUUAAUAGACAUUUUUGCAUCUGCAUUUCAACAUUAACACUUUUGAAGUCAUGGUCUGGUGCCAGAUUUAAGAAAAUCAAGCCACCUAAUAUUUUAUGAUCACCUUCAUUAAGCACCUGUACAGAUUAAAUUAAAAUAAUUCCUAACAUUUCAGCAGCUUAUCUAAUAUGUGUGCAAUAUGUGCGUUCUUAUUUUCAUUUUAGUUUUGCAGACGGUUUUCUAUAAAGUACGUUUUUACUGAAUCCAUGUGUGAAUAAUUUCAAAAACUACAGAAUAAGGUACCAGUGUAGUGUAUUUAAUAAACUGUCAACUAAAGCAAUAUUUGUCUUUGGAAAGAUUUUAUUUCCUCAUACUGCUCUGUGAGCUAAAUUCUGUAUUAUGUUACCGUAUGUGAGUCUUCUCAUCUCAGGAGCAAGUAACGCAGUCGACCGAGCAGGUAGCAAGAGCCUACUUUGCUUUCUUUCAGAUCUUCACCCUGGUAGGAGUGGGCGUUGGUUGCGUUGUAGGUGGUUUUCUAUUUGCAGUAUCAGAUUAAAAUACCUUGAGUUGUG